GUUGUAUCGGAUGUCAUCAUUUUGGGCGCUUCACAACGGGCCGACCCGAGCUCGGCAUUUCAACUUCACCUCACCAACUGUCCGAGGAUGACGACGAGGGGAGGAUCACUAAUCCCAUCUUUCAUCUUAUAAUAAGCCAGAUCUGCGCUUUUAUAUUCAAGCAGAAAGUAUUCCUUUUUGAUCAAGUCUCCAUCAACGAACAUCACCAGAAUGACAUCAAGAAAGCCCGUCGCCUUGGUCGUUGGCGCUUCUCGGGGUAUUGGAAGGCAAAUUGCAGUGGACUUGGCGAAAGAUGGCUAUUCUGUUGUCGUGGCAGCAAAAACCACAUCCGACGCCUAUGAAACGGUUCCAUUUCCACCAGACCCAAAUUCACCCAAAUCGACUAUCAACACGGUCGAGCGUGAAAUCCGGGAAGCCGGAGGCCAUGCAACCGCCAUCUCCGUUGAUGUUAGAGAUGUCACCCAAAUAGAAAACAUGGUCAAAGAGGCCGUUUCUAUCUACGGAAGAUUAGACGUCCUGGUAUACAACUCCGGGGCGAUCUGGUGGUCUGCUGUCGAAACUACGCCAACGAAACGUUUCCAGCUUAUGCAAAAGGUGAACCCGGAGGGCUUGUAUGCCAGUGUGCAAGCUGUUUUGCCUGCUUUUGCGAAGAAUGGGUGGAAGGGUCGCAUUAUUGUUGUUUCUCCGCCUAUCUACUCCCGAUUCUUUCGUGGAAAGACGGCGUACGCCAUAGGCAAGGUUGGAAUGAGUGUCUUGACUCGUGGUCUGGCAAUGGACUUUGUGAGACAAGAUCGAAAGGACAUGGCCAUUACCAGCAUUUGGCCAGCAUCUGCCAUCCAGUCAGCUGCUACAGAAAUGAACCCUGCAAACGACUCUCGAACAAAGGCAGAUCUAAGAAAACCCACCAUCUUCUCCGACGCCAUUCUGGGGAUGCUCAAAGCACCCGCAGAGUCUGUAAAUGGACUUAUCGAACUAGACGAGGACUUUCUCCGUAAAUACUGCGGAGUCUCUGAUUUCUCCAAGUAUUCCAUCGUCCCUGGGUCGAGUCCCCGGCGGAUAAUGCCAAACGAAUUUCCAGUUUUGGAGGUAGCAGAGCAGGAUGAUGAGGGUGAUAGGAUGGAUAGUGCGAAGAACCGCCAGACUAAGCUGUAGAUGUCUACAUAAUAUUAUUCAGGUUUAUCUCAAUGAGUUCAGCAUCUCUCGCGAUAUUAU